AUGGAGUUGCAAUAAAAUUGUUUAUAUACUCGAAAACAAAAUUUGUGUAACUUCGUAUGGUAUGAAAAGAAAGCUUUUUCCUUAUUUUACUUUUUUUUCUUUUGAAAAAUGGUUCCAGCAAUUAAGCUGGUGAAAUACUAGUACAAUAUUUUUGUAACAUAGACGCUCUCACCGUCAAACACAUUCGUUCCACCGCGCACCCAAAACUUCCAUGGCUGCGAGCGGCAGCGGCGGCGGCGGCAAAAGAGAAGGAUCACCCAAAAUCGUGGCGGAUCAAAUCUCCCAAUCUGUACAGUCCACCUCCAAUCUUCUUCAUCUCAUGCUCCACUCCUCCCCCUCCCGCGCUCAACUAAUGAAGCUUCCAAGAAAUCUUCUGUCUAUGACUUCUACCAUAAAAAACACAGAGUCAGUACUGGAGCAGAUGCCUCAAGUUGUUUCAUCUCUGGACACACAUGUGGAAAGAGGAUUGCAAUGUUUGCCUCAUCUUGAUACCGUAGUUCAGUUACUCUCCAAUAUGCAAAACAGCCAGCUAAAGUCUUUGUCCAGAGCUGACCUUACUCAACAGCAGGACCUUGAACUUUCCGAGCAGGGUUCACGGGUGACCUAGCCGUACUUGAAAUUUGCAAGGCAUGUGAUCCAGUUUGAGUUGGAUUUUCGUCGCACAUUCUCAUGAUUUUGUGGUAUACUUAUAUAUGUCCCGGUAAAAUCGUAGUACUGGGGUCUCGUACAAACCAUCGCUGCUAUAGAAACGUGGAAACAUAUUUUUUUGUGUUAAUAAUCAAAUUUAUUCCUGACCCUUUGUGAUUUUAUCAAUUCUAUUCCAAUGUCUAAAAUUUAUCAA